AUGUCGGACAGCGGCAAUCAAUUGCGCGGAUCAAACGAUGAAGAUGGGUCGGAUUCUAAAAGGCAGAAAUUAUCAUCUGAUGCGAAUACAAACGACAAUACUAAUUUUGGCGACUUCCAGUUGAACAACGAUCAAUUGGAUGACAUUUUGAAUGACAAUGUGCCUGGAAUUGAUAUUAAUUCCAAUCCUGAUGCCCUCAACUUUAACUUUGAUAACCUUCUGACUGAUUUCCUAAAUGAUAGCACAUUUGGUACUCCUCAUACAGGAGCAGAUGAAAGCGUAGCUUCUGAUUACGCCUCUGGUGCUCCUUCAGGGGUUCCAUCCGGAGCACAGUCCGCGAUGCCAUCUUCUGGCGUGGGCUCAGGUAUUCCCUCGCAGAUUCCAUCGGCAAUCCCAUCUAGAGGUGCCUCAGUUGGACCUUCUAAUGAAUACAUACCGCAGCAGCAGCAACAACAGCAUACGACUGGUAACGACUCCGCUGGAACCAAUAGAAGCUCAAAUGCCUACACAAACUCAAAGGGCUCCACGCCUGAAGUAAAUAUUAAUAAGAGCUUCACAAGCUCGUCAGCGCCGCAGACAGCAUCGAAAGUACAACAAACACCUCAAAACUUAAAUAUAUACACGGGGAAUGGAGGAAUAAACAAUGUUAGUGCAGGAACUGCAGUUCCUAUAUCACAUCGCAGUACUCCUGUCAGUACGACGAACAGCUCAACGAACCUCGCAUCUGCUAACAUUAACCGUAGUAAUAGUAGCGUGAAUGUUGGAGGAGCUAAAACUUCGACCCCUCCUGCUGUGUACAAAAACGGUAAGAAUAACAGUAGCAUUAACAACAACAACACCAACAACAACAACAACAACAACAUCAACAAUAAUAAUAAUAUUAAUAAUAAUAAUACUGCGCCUGGUGGUACCAGACCGUUGAUAUACAAUGCCAAAACAGCUCCUCCUAUUAAUAGAGUGAAUACUGUAGCUCAACAGGCUCAGGGCGUUCAAAGCUUAAAUACGACAAAUAUUGAUAGAUCAAGCCCAAAUAAUUUUGGGCCCAGCUCAGCAGCGCCAGCUCUUCCAGCAACAACCAGCGGCAAUAUUUCUGCGCCAUAUGGGUCAACUACCAUUAAUCCAACAGGUGCAGGUAAUGUUCUUUCUAAUCCUGGUAUAAUCAAGCCUUCCUCAUCUCUUAACAACAACAACACUGUCGGGGGCCCUAAAUCAUCCCAGCUUCAUACCGAUGACCCAACUAAGCUUAAUGAUGCAUUAGCAGCGGCAGGAGUUGACAUCCAACAAGAAGAAGAGUUAUUGAUGCAACAACACGCUCAUAGGAACAAAGUGUAUACUACUCAACAGCAGCUUUUGCUUAAGCAGAAGCAGCAGCAAGCACAACGUCAAUCGCCCUUCUUGAACCCCUACCAUCUAGCUUCAUUUAUGCAGAAGGCAGCAAGAGAUAACGGAGUACAGCAGAACUUCUUACAGGACGGAGAAUUAUUAGAAUUGAUGUCUGCAGCAUGUGAAAACUGGAUAUCCACGUUAUCUACAAAGACUAUCAUUUUGUCACGCCACAGACGAAGGGGUAUCCCUACUUUGAUAGAAGGUAAAGGCAGCAAUAAGAGAGGCAACAACAGCACUACGCCCUCUACUCAACGGUCUGAAAUAUCACGAGAACUCCGUAACAUGGCUGCAAGACAAAAGGAGCAAGAAGAAAAGAGAGUUCAAAAGCGUAUUGCAUUAGGCUUAGAAAAUGGAUCCACAGGUGAAUCUGAGAACGGAAAGGCUGGUGCUGAAGAGACUUUACACAGAGCAGCCAAUGCAACUGCUACCAUGAUGACCAUGACUGGUAGGAAGAAAUAUUCGUGGAUGACAGCUGGUCCAUCUGGCGGAGGACUUGGUAGCAGUGGUGCUGGAGCAAGUGCAGGAGACGACAGUGGGAAUGGAGGAGAAUCUGAAGGCAAGACUAAGCAAAGUUCCAUCAUAGCCAUUAGAGGUGACAAUGGUUUGAGAUACAGGGAGAUCAGAACAGGUAAGUCUGUUACGAUGAAGGAUUUGCUAGGAGCUUUGGAAGAUGAGAGAAUGGGAGUGGAUAAGGCAUUAAUAAAGGGGUAUGCGAAGCUUAAGGAUUGA